AUGAAACACGAAAUGGUCUUUACAUUCUUACUGAUGAUGGUUAGACCAGAAGCUUCAACCUCCAGAAUUCCACGUAGAAGAACCACAUUUACAGUGGAACAACUAUAUUUACUCGAAAUGUAUUUUGCACAAAGUCAGUAUGUUGGAUGUGAUGAAAGGGAAAGAUUGGCAAGGAUUUUGAGUCUAGAUGAAUAUCAGGUGAAGAUUUGGUUCCAAAAUCGUCGAAUCCGGAUGAGAAGAGAAGCCAAUAAAUAAUAGUCAAAUAUUUAUUUAAUUUCAUUUCACUGAAAUAAAUUUUGUAGUUAGAA